GCCAUGCCACCCCGCCUGCUUGUGGCCUUUGGGCGCCGGCCCUGGGCUCUGGCUGCCUGCCCGCCAGCUCCCUGGAGGCCCCAGGGAAGCCGUGCUUUGCACUGGGCCGCCCCGCCCGACCGCAGUGCCCCCGUGUUCACCCGUGCCCUGGCCUUCGGGGACCGACUGGCCCUGGUGGACCAGCACGGCCGACACACCUACCGCGACCUGUACCUGCGCAGCCUGCGCCUGGCCCGGGAGCUGUGCGCGCUGCGCGGCUGCACCAGCGGGGACCUGGGUGAGGAGCGCGUCUCCUUCCUGUGCGCCAACGAUGCCUCCUAUGUGGUGGCCCAGUGGGCCACGUGGAUGAGCGGGGCCGUGGCCGUGCCACUCUGCAGGAAGCACCCGCCAGCCGAGUUGGAGUACUUCAUCCAGGACUCCCGCAGCGCGCUGGUUCUCGCGGGCCCCGGCUUUGAGCCUCUGCUGCGCCCCGUGGCCCAGAAGCUGGACGUCCCGCUCCUGCCCCUCCCACCCACUGAAGGCGACCACCCCUCGGCAGAGUCGGGUGACAACGAGGUGCUGCCGGAGCGGGACUGGCGGGACCGGGGCGCCAUGAUCAUCUACACCAGCGGGACCACGGGGAGGCCCAAGGGCGUCCUGAGCACCCACCACAACAUCAGGGCCGUGGUUACAGGGCUGGUGCGGGCCUGGGCAUGGAGCAAGGAUGAUGUGAUUCUGCACGUGCUCCCACUGCACCACGUCCAUGGCGUGAUCAACAAGCUGCUCUGUCCGCUCUGGGUGGGUGCCACCUGCGUGAUGCUGCCCGAAUUCAGCCCUCAGCAGGUUUGGGAAAAGUUCCUGAGCUGCGAGAGCCCCCGCGUGAAUGUGUUCAUGGCUGUGCCCACCAUCUACGCCAAGCUCAUGGAGUACUAUGACAAGCACUUCACCCAGCCUCACGUCCGGGACUUUGUGCGCGCUGUCUGUGAGGAGAAGAUCCGGUUGAUGGUGUCGGGCUCGGCCGCCCUGCCCGUGCCGGUGCUGGAGAGGUGGCAGCGCAUCACCGGCCACACGCUGCUGGAGCGGUAUGGCAUGACGGAGAUCGGCAUGGCUCUGUCCAACCCCCUGCACGCCACUCGUCUGCCAGGCUCAGUGGGCACCCCGCUGCCCGGUGUCCAGGUGCGCAUCGUCUCCGAGAGCCCCCAGCAGGACAGCAGCCAGUACGUGCUGCAUGCGGAGGGGAGUGAAGAGGGCACUCAGGUACUGCCCGGCUUCGCAGAGAAGGAGGGGGAGCUCCUGGUCCGAGGCCCAUCUGUGUUCCGAGAGUACUGGGACAGACCCGCCGAGACGAGGAGUGCCUUCACCCCAGAUGGCUGGUUUAAGACAGGUGACACAGCCGUGUUCAAGGACGGCGCCUACUGGAUCCGGGGCCGCACAUCUGUGGACAUUAUCAAGAGUGGGGGCUACAAGAUCAGCGCCCUGGAGGUGGAGCGCGUCCUGCUCGGGCACCCCAGCAUCACAGAUGUGGCUGUGAUCGGCGUCCCUGACAUGACAUGGGGCCAGCGGGUGACUGCGGUGGUCACCCUGCAGGAUGGACACUCCCUCUCCCACCAGGAGCUCAAGGCGUGGGCACGAGAUAGUCUCGCCCCGUACGCUGUGCCCUCUGAGCUGCUGCUGGUCGGAGAGCUCCCGCGCAACCAGAUGGGGAAGGUGAACAAGAAGGACCUGCUGCGGCAUUUCUACCCUGGCCAGCAGGCCCCUGGCCCGUGAGGGAGCCUCCCGUGCCUGCGUCCCCAAGCCCGCAGAUGGCCUGCGGGUCUCCCGUGGGCACUAUCCAGGGCCGCACCUCUCCCCAGGAAGGCAUGCGAGAGCCCAGCGUGGUUUCUGCUGCAGUGGGACCCCAGCCCCCCAGACUGCGACUCCAGCACCCCCACCCUGCUGCUGCCCCUGUGCCCAGCGCAGAGUCGGGAGCUUCUGCAGUGCAGGGAGUAGCCGUCACCUCCAGUCUGGUUUCUCUCACCUACUGUUCUAUGAACAAGCAGCCAGAGGUGGGAGCCCAGGGAACACACAUGCAAGGGCUCAGCCUGGGUGUGGUCUGGGGAACCCAGCUGUGCUGAGGGGCAGCUGCCACAGGGAAACUCUGCUUGGCAUUGUGGCACUGCCUCUACCCACUGGACAGUUGGCUCGUGUGGAGCCUGUCCCCAGAGUGUGCCUGCUGCUAGCCUUGUGCUGUUAGUCGGCCAAGGACAUGCGAGUCACAACCACGCUGCCCCUGCUCACACACGUCUCAUGGAGCUGCAGCUCCAGUAAGCAGGCAGGGGCCAAGGAGGGUGCUUAUGUGGUCAGGCACAUGCCCAACAUGAUUGAGCCCCCGGUUUGACCCCACACUCCAUGGGAGCACCAGGACAGU